ACACUUUAGGGAGAGUGUACAGUGAGAGAAAGGACAUUUUAGAGAGAGAAAGAAGAGAGAGCUCCUUGAUGCUCGUGGGAACACAGAGCGAAGAUCGCGGACUUGAGGCCUAUAGAAGUCCCAUUUAAGCGGUGGAUUUCUGCCUCUCCUCCUUUACUCCUCGCUCCUCCAAAUUCACCUCCAUUGAUGCAUCCCCUCUCUCUCUCACUCUCUCUUCUGAAGCUUCUUUGAGCUCAGCUUUAAUGGCGGUUAAAACCCUCUGAGCGACCUCCUAAAGCUUCAACUUGUGUACAUUCACCCACUUAUAACUAGAAUCCUUCUUACAUUCCCUUACGAUUGUCCAUUUCCGUGGCUGUGAACCUGAAUUCACAAGAUCUGGUUUUCAAUCGUCUGUAAAACCCUAAGGUUGACCAUAAUUCCGAGCCACAAUGGAAAUGUGAAUCAUGGCGAGCUCCAGUGGGGGAGGUAACAGUAGGAGUAGCAUGGCUACUGUUAAUGCAGCUGCAACUGCAAUAAACUCAGGUGACCACCCUAGGUUCCCAGCCCGAGAGGAGCGAAGGAGAUGGCGUGGCUGUUUUGGUGGGUUUUCAUGUUUUGGUUCUCAAAAGAGAGGGAAACGUAUUGUUCCAGCUUCUCGAAUGCCAGAAGGAAACUCAAGUGGAAAUCGCCCAAAUGGGGCUCAAGUAGUGGGUGUCUCUAACCAAGCAACAUCCCUGACUCCCUCUCUACUUGCUCCCCCUUCUUCACCUGCAUCUUUUACAAACUCUGGCCUUCCCUCUACAGUUCAGUCUCCAACAAACUUCCUAUCUCUGUCUGCAAAUGUUUGCUCACCAGGAGGUCCUUCUUCCACCAUGUAUGCUACAGGGCCAUAUGCCCAUGAAACCCAAUUAGUCUCUCCCCCUGUUUUCUCAACUUUUACAACAGAGCCCUCUACAGCUCCCUUCACUCCUCCACCUGAGCUUGCUCAUCUUACUACCCCAUCAUCACCUGAUGUACCAUUUGCCCGGCUUCUCUCUUCAUCCAUUGAUGUCAAAAACCCUAACAAGGAAAAUGGAGUGCCUUCACCUUUCAUGUCUCCUGGUUAUGAGCCAACAGGUGAUCUUCAAGCCACUUAUCAACUCUAUCCAGGAAGUCCAGCUAGUCAUCUAGUCUCUCCAAAGUCUGGUGUCUCUGGUGAUGGUUUGUUAUCCCCAUCUCUCCCUGAUUCAGAGUUCCCAAUGCAAUGGGGAACUUCAAUUCCAAAGAAUGAGCAUUCUAAGCUCUUUGGUCUCGAUAUCCCAACAUCAAGAAGCUUUAUACUAUCUCAAGAGGAUGGAUUCCUUUACCCCGCCACUUCUCCACAAUUUUAUCUAGACCAAGCUCAGCAACCAGGUGCACCUCAUUCUCACUGUGCCGGGAGGCUCAGUCUUUCCAGAGAGACAGAUGCAUAUUCUAAUGGUGGAAAUGUGCACCAAAAUAGGCACAAUGUUGAGGAGAUUGAAGCGUAUCGAGCAUCGUUUGGGUUCAGUGCAGAUGAAAUUAUUAGCACGCCUCACUAUGUGGAGCUCUCUGAUGUGCUCGAGGACUCCUUCACUAUGUGCCCCUUUCCAACCCACAAUACGUGCAGUGGGGAGUGUUCGGAUUUUGAUGUGAAGAAUGAGGGAGAAGAUAUGGCAGUGAAGCACACAAACUUUUUAGAUUUCAAGUAUCUGAAUUCCUCGUUAAGUAAAAUUGAUGAGGGAUUGGAUGGACGGAAUCAAAAGGAAGCUAAUAAAGAAGUAGCUGAUGUUGCAUUAUGUGAGCCUUGUUCACCAAAUGAUUAUCAUGAUAUUUGUGCUAAGGUUGGUCAAACCCAAUGUUCCCCUAGGGCACGAGGGAACUUCGAACUGGAAAAUGGUGAACGAAACACCUCACCUUCCUCCCAUUCAGAUGGAGAAGCUAUUAAAACUUGAGCUCUGGAGAGAUGCAGAAAGUAGCAGCUGAGUCCUCACAUGAUAGUGCAUUGUGUCAUGGCUGAGUUCCCCGCCUAUUUGUAGGGUUUUUUUUCCCGGAUGGUUUGGCAUCAUGUUAGGGUUAAGAGGUCUGUAUGGUUUUUUGUAUUCAGGAACCUUCAAUGAUCUUGCUAACUUUGCUUGAGUUCUAAAGAAGCAAACCAAGUUAACUCGUGAAAAGAAAAGCGAGAGGUUUAACUCUGUGCUCUGGUCUGGUUUUUCUACUGGUUCCAUGGGUAUGUGUAUUGUUUUCCCUUGCUUAUUUUGGACUUGUAUUUGUGUACUUAACUUCCAUUGUAGUUUGGAAACUCAGCUUGCUAGAUGCUAAGCUUAUCAGUACAUACUGUCAAAGGAGCUUGCACUGUGAGCCAACUGAUAUAACUGGCACCUCUAUUGGGGGGUUAGAGAGAGAGACUAUGUAAAUAUAUCUUUUGCUGCACUUGCCCUGUUUUUUUGUGCUUUUUUGUGGGCAUGUCUAUGGAUUUUUAUUUGUGUGUGGUAUCAAGUGAAGGUGUAUAAAAGG